AUGGCGCAGAGAGAUGCCCUUCCACCUAAACCAUACUACGACAUGAUACUUCAGAAACUCUCGUCUGGUCAGUUAAACUACAAACAAGAGAGCAUCCUCGAAGAAAACAUGGCAUGGGCUGUCAAACAGGGCCGACCCGAUAUCUUCCAAAUGCACCUCAAAGCAGGUGUGGACCCCAACUCCUACACACGACCUGGAAGGCCCAUGUUAUCCCAUGCGGCGUGCGAGGGACAGAUCGAGUCUGCGAGGAUCUUGCUACGUUACCGCGCUGACCCGUGCUUACCUAGUUUGUGUGGAGGACAGACACCUCUGAAGUACACUGUUUAUGGGACGGCCACUACGUCCAGAAGAAAAGGGGAAGUAGCCAACAUGAUCGAUCUGGUGCUAGGUGCAGGCGCUCCAUAUCGCACAACAUCCUGUGAUCGGCGAAGACUCCCUGAUGGGAAGCACGAUAUUCGAGAUUGCAAGCAUUGUUUCUACGGUCGGUGUCGCUGGCGUCUCGAGAUAAAUGUCCAUGAAGACUUUCUUCCAUCGGAGGUCAACCUUGCCGAGAAACGCGCUGUAAUCUUCGAGCUAGAGGUGCCCAAAUGUUUCGCAUCCUAUAGGGAUACUACCUGGAGGAUGAUCUAUUCCCUUUGUCAGCAGCGUUUCAGUUCACCUUCAGACAAGCCGGAGUUGCUAUUGAAAGAAUAUUCCCAGCUGAAAUUGUAUAACAAUAGCAAGGCAGACCAAAACCUUUCACUGGCGUCUCACAUAGAAUCCUUCCUGGGGACACACUAUAAAUCAAAGAGGUUGCCGGCAAAAGAGAAGAAUGUUCUGCUUCCACUGGGGCUACAGUUUCAUACUAUGACAGAGAACGAAACCUUGCCAUUUGCAGCCCUGUACUCAACACCUGACUUUGCAGCUGACGCACCAGGCCCGUCAUCAUAUAAGGCCAUUGCAAGUAUUACCGAAUGCCCAUCACGGCGAAGUGUGCAUGAAUAUGUGGCACACCAGAAUGUUAUGGGCGGGAAGAGUCGGCGAUGGAUGUCGAUUUUGAGCGAGCUUGGAUCUUUGAACAUCAACUUCAGUCUCCAAGAUACAGCUAUUCUUUUCCGAUUACUAGUGUUACAAGCUGGUCCCCAACUGAAGAAUGAUAGCCUACGGGCUGUUCAUUAUGUUUUUAGAGACGUGAACUUCUGUCGCAGGCUAAUCGAGCAGAUCGAACAACACGUGGAAAUCAUAUCUCCCAAUUGGCGAGAGUACUACUACAUGGAGACUCUACUUACGUUAACAGUUCAACUGUGCGAGAUCUCUUGCUCAGAAUCACAAAGGCAAGCGCAUGAUCUCCUGUUGAAAAUCCGAGGUAUUACUCUCGUCUGGACUACGGCUCUAAGGAGUGAAAUGCGCCGUGCGCCGGAAGCAGAUACUGCAGAAAGCGCAGCUACAUACUGCUUCUUUUCUGCCCUCCUAUGUCGCAGGACGUUUGCACUCCAAGCUUGCAGCGGUCAAGGACUUGAUGCAGAGAGCUUUAAGGACUUUAUUGAAGCAACCGUUACCAUGCAAGAAAGCUCGGUGAUCGAUGUGUCUGCAUUUAUGACGUUUACACGGAAUAUGCUUGUUCGCGAUAUCAAAAUGGCCGCUGCAUUACGACCUAUGCUCCGACAAGCUGUUACUGUGUAUUAG